CCCAGCAACGCCAUAAUAUCAUUCCUCGCCCUAUCUCACCGUAUUCAUCACUAUGCUCCGCCAAACCCAACCCGAGCGAGGCAGCGCACCAGCAGAGGACUCGGGUUCCGGUUCCGACAAGCGCGCCAGAGAAGAUUCAAGCUGUACCCCUGAUCCAGACUCAGCAUCAUCUGGCGGACACCAACAAGACGUAAAGAGAACCAGGGUUGACGCAUCAGAGACGGAAGCCACGGGCUCAAGCCUAGAUUUCGCCAGUUCCGCAAGCCCGCCAACCCUACUGAGUUUCCAGACGGGCCAUGCGGCGAGGGUGUCGGACGAGGCAUGGACGAAAUAUCUUUGCGACAAUCAUGGUGUCGACGACAUUCUGUUCAGGGCUGAGGACGGCGACUUGACCCUCGUCAUCGUAGGGGGUUGGUCCCGUACCGUAUCCGUAUGGGAGAGCAGCAUUGCGAGCGCCUCCAUUGUGAAUGCGAAUAAACUUAACGAGGUCUUUCCCACGUGGAGUUUUUUGAUCGCAAGGACGUAUGAGCCGAAGGCACACGGCCAUUUCCCCGUGGCUGAGCUCGUUUCGUCAACACCACGAGUGUUCCAUUAUCUGGUCGCUGCGGCGCACAACGAGCCGCUGCCAAAUCACUUCAGCCUUGAAGAGCUUCGGGACAUCGCCAGGCUCAGCCACCGAUUUCAGGCGCUGCCUCUAAUCGCGAAAUACGUGCGGGGAUGGAUGUCCACCCCAAUCGACACGGCGUUGCUCAUGGACGAUAGCACCAGUGAGUACUGCCAUCAAUUGGAGUAUCUCUGGUGCGCCUAUGAGUUUGGCAUGCCGGAUCUGUUUCGUCGGUGCUGCGCAGAGAAGCCUACAUAA